AUGAGGACAAGAAAGCGACAUUGUAAAGGGAAAACAUGGGCGUCUAGUUCAGAUAAGCCUAAUCUCAAGGAUUUUUUGGAGAAAAACCGAGCUGUAAUAUUUAGUUCUGUAGGUUAUCUGAAGUGUAUGAGCAUUUAAUUAUUAUAGGGUUUUGAAGUAGAUGUUACGAUAUUAUUUGGCAGCAAAUUUUGUUCUGAAUUAAAGUCACGGUUACCCGAAUCUUACGAUAAUUUGCUUCGAUGUUCGGAGAAGUUGAAACAGAGGAUAAAUGGGUUCAGGCUUGGUCGGUUGAUGAAGGAUACAAUGGUGAAAGAACUGAAAAUGUAAUUUUUUACUUUGGCAAUAUAACGUUCAGUCAUUGAAAAUUCCUGAUACCAAAGUUAGUUUUACAAUUUAUUUUGAAAUUUUAGAGUAACUUACGGACAAUUAAAGUAUUUCUUUUGUAAAACAAUGGCUCUAUUGUUCGGCGAUUACUUACUGUCGACUUCUGAAUCUCAGAAUCUAGCCGGCAUCUGCGCUUCUGCUUUGUUGGGCAAUGUUGGCGCUGAUGAGUUUGAGGUAACCUUAUUCAAGCAGAGAUUGUCGUUCUGUGACCAGCUUCCUGUGAAAUGUCGUUUUAAUGUGCGGUCGAACGUCUUCAGUUUUGUGUAUCUAUUUUUGAUGAAGAUAGCCAGGUAAACGUGUUUUUAUUAUUUUUAUAAUUGUCUUUAUAGAUAUUUUUCAUUUCAUUUAAUACUCAUUCAAUAUCAAUAUCUUUAGGAAGACGUUCUACUUUACCAAAAACAGAUGUGAACAAAGAGUUUUAUACCUAAAACACUUGUGGCAGAAGGCGAUUGCUGAAGGAUUACAUAAAAGUGGAGCAGUUUUUGUUGAGGACGCUACUAAUGGCAGGAAGUUACAGUAUGUUCUAUUAAAUCUUAUCUAUUUUUUAUUAAGUUUUUAUAGUUAUCCAAAUAUUAUUUUCUCAUGUUACAGUGUGAUACCAAAACGUGGAGGGUGUCGGCCAGUAGUGUCAGGCUUCGGAAGAAGCGAAAAAGAUACGAUGGCAAUUGUGGCUACGGUAUUAGAAGUGUUGAUCGACAGAACUGGAAGCUCUGCUGAUAUACGGUUGAAAAGUAGGUAGAGAGUACUGUAGACUCGUAAUAAUUUAAAAUUUUGUUAUUUUAGGUUUCCCUCAAUUCUUCGAAUCUUAUAAAAUAUUCAUCGACCGAAACAAGGAGAAUCAACUGUUUUGGGGCACGGCUGACAUUACCAACUGCUUUGGAUCGGUAAACUUGGAAAAACUGAAACAACGUCUGAGGCAGCUAUUAUUUCCUGAAAGGUAAUUUUAUUUCUUUAAAGUUUUUGGUCAAAAAGUCAAUAGGAUAGCAAAACUUCAAGCCGAAUUGACUAUAAAUCUUAUCAUAGUAACUGUAAUAUAAGUAUAAAUGUCCAUUUCUAAAAUUUUUAGAACGUUUUACGUUGGCAAAGGGCUAGUAACAAAAAAUGCUAGGGGCAAAGUGAUCUACAGAGCUGGUGUUACUCGAACUGGCAUCCAGAAUACCUUGCAGAAACUGAAAGCGCGCACUUUGUUCAUACGGGUAAGGCUGAUCUCUUUAUAACGGUAUUCAAUGCUCACAAAAAGAUGGCUUGUGAACUCAAUAAAGUAUUAUGAUUUAGGAGGUAAAGACUGGUGAUGCCUACAACAUUAUUAUCAACGAAGCUUUGGGACAGACCUUUGAUUUCAAAAAUAAAAAACUUAAAUUCUCUGACGGGCUACUACAAGGUCAUCCAUUGUCACCUGUCUUAACCCAGUUCUGGCUAUCUUUAUUCGAAAAUCGUAUUGGACCUGUAACUGAUCAACUCUUUAUCAAACGAUAUGUUGAUGACUACUUGCUUGUCGGCACUGACAAAACAUCUAUCGUAAAGGUAGGUAACUUAUAUUGUAGUUUUUUACACUUCUUGUUAUAUAUUGUUUCAUUUUUAUUUUACACGUUUAUUGAAGGUCCUGGAAUACCUGAAUAGCCAAAAGAUUCUGAACUGGGACAACGUCAAAGUCGACUUUGAGUAUGAUCUCUGUGCAAGUGCUGAUCUCAUAAGAUGGUGUGGCUUCGUGUUCGACAAAACCGACAACCAUGUAAGUUCAUAUUUACUUUUAUAUUUCUUGGCUCGUAAAAGAAAAUAACCUUCUAUAUCGAUAAAGGUAUCCAUCGACUACCAACGAUACAAAGACAAAACCUUUUGUUACCCCCUAUUUCCCUCGCCCAACCAACGACUGGCGUUGUCGGCGUUCCAACGGUCACUCGGCUACACCGUGUCAUAUUAUGUAGCCAUAUUCCGAAAGUGCCUGAGGCAGUCUCUGAACCAAAACUCCGACAUCAAUAGAUUCGUUUACUUUAUUUACAAGGCCGUCUUCGGCCGGCUGUUGGCCAAACAUCGAUUAGAAACAAAACAAAAGAACACGGAAACUGAUGAAACGAGAAAUUGGAAAAGUGGCCAGAUCAUUAAGAAAGGAUACGGUAACGGCCGCAGGGAUUGGCGACAAUCAGACCUGACCGGCGUUGCUUGGAAUGUAUGUGUAUGUAUGAAUGUAUAG